UUCAACUCGACGCCUCCUCCGUCCGUCAAGGGGGUCCACCCAUCCCUUCUGUAGUUUUUGUUGGCGAUGGCCCUCUCUGCACGUCGGGUCAACUCAAAAACACGACGAAAGAGAAGAGACAGGUUUCAACUUUCGAUUCAAUGCACGUUUUUUCUGUGUUGAUUCUAAUUCCAAGAAAGUAGUCAACCUCGGGUCACAAACCGCAACGCCUAACGUGCCAUUGAAACUCCCUCUCUCAACCUGAAAAGUUUCCACUUGUGUACUUGGUUCUCCCUCUCUCACCCUGAAAAGUUUCCGCUGGUGUACUUGGUUCUGUGUUCCUGAUUCUCCCUCUCUCCGGAUCAAUGGUCGGGGCAUUUGUCAAUGGUGGAACGCCCUUCACCGGCCGAAACAGAGCAAGUUUCUUCCUUUUCUCCUUGUUUUUCGUGUGGUCGUCUCUGUUUUCGAGUUCUUGUGCAGCAAAUUCGAUCUCGCGAGGGCAGUUUAUCGGAGAUGGCGAGACUCUGAUUUCUUCUUCUGGGAAUUUCGAACUGGGGUUCUUUAACCCUGCAAAUUCGUCUCUUAGAUAUGUCGGCAUUUGGUACCGCAAGAUAAGUGUUAAAACAGUCGUGUGGGUCGCGAACAGAGAUAGCCCUGUUUCUGACAAAUCUGGAGUUUUGACAGUUUCAAGUGAUGGAAAUUUGAUGGUUUUAGAUGGGCAUAAUCGCACAGUUUGGUCAAGUGGCCUCAAUUCUUCCUCUGUGGCCACCGACUCAACAGCUGUUUUGACAGAUACUGGAAAUCUUGUUCUUUUGGCCAGUGCAGAUGCUGACUCUGCUAGCGCUGAUGGUGAUAUUAGCAAUUCACAUUGGCAAAGCUUCGAACACCCGACAGACACGUACUUGCCCGGCAUGAGAGUGAGGGUGAAUUCUGCGGCUGGAGAGAACCGUGCCUUCAGGUCGUGGAAAUCGUCGGACGACCCUUCCCCUGGGAAUUUCUUUAUGGGCGUCGAUCCCCGGUUGCCGCCACAGAUAGUGAUCUGGGGCCAGUCAGGCCGGGAAUGGAGGAGCGGGCAUUGGAGCGGGCUGAUUUUCACCGGCGUGCCAAAUAUGAACCCCCAUUAUCUGUAUGGGUUCAGUCUCUUGAACGAGGCAGACGGAAGCACGUACUUUACGUACACGCCAUUGAAUAGGUCCGAUCUCUUGAUGUUCCGUAUACUUUGGAAUGGGACGGAGGAGCAGUUACGCUGGGAUGAGACUAUUAAUGAGUGGACUGUACUGCAAGAACAGCCUGGUAAGGAAUGUGACCUCUAUAAUAAGUGUGGAGAUUUUGCAAUAUGUAACGAAAGGAACUCUCCCAAAUGUAGUUGCAUGGAAGGGUUCAGUCCGAAGUCACCGGAUCAAUGGAACAGGGGUAACUGGUCCGCGGGUUGUGCUCGGAAGACCCAAUUACAGUGUCGGGACAACAGCAACAUUUUAGUGGGAGAUGAUGCCGCGAUGGACAGCUUUUUGAAAUUGGAUGGCAUGAAGUUGCCAGAUUUCGCGGAUUUAGUUCCAGGCAUUAGCAGUGAAGAGUGUGAGGCGAAGUGUCGGGAGAAUUGUUUGUGCAACGCGUAUGCUUUUGGAGGCAUGGGGUGCAUGCUGUGGAGCGAGGAUUUGAUAGAUGUGCAGCAAUUUGCCAUGGGUGGACUGACCCUCCAAAUUCGUCUCGCCAAUUCUGAAUUAGGAACAAAGAGCAAACUAUCGAACCUGUUCAUAAUAAUUACUGUCUUGGUUGGAGCGUUUGUUCUCGGUGUAGCAGUAUGGUUGUUGUGGAGGUUCAAGGACAAUUUGAAAGGAUUCUCGAUUUUCUAUCAGAAGAACAAGGAACUUCCCUUGUCUGAUGAUUCUGUUAAGAACGAAGAGCUAUCUGCUGAAUUAUCCGGAGCAGAUGGUCUUGGUAGAGAUGCUAAGCAAGUAGGAGGAGCUGAUAUAACAGUGUUCGACUUCAGUUCCAUCGAAGCUGCGACGAACUUCUUUUCUGAAGAAAACAAGCUCGGACUGGGAGGAUUUGGUCCUGUUUACAAGGGAAAGCUUUUUGAAGGACAAGAAAUAGCUGUUAAGAGGCUUUCGAGGAAGUCGAGCCAAGGGCUUGAGGAAUUUAAGAAUGAGGUUAUGUUAAUUGCGAAAUUACAACACAGAAAUCUCGUGAGACUCCUUGGAUUCUGCGUUCAAGGGGAAGAUAAGAUGCUCGUUUACGAGUACAUGCCCAACAGGAGCUUGGAUUGUUUUAUUUUUGAUUCAGCGAAUCGAGCGCUAUUGGACUGGAAGAAACGUUUUGAGAUUAUUGAAGGGAUAGCACGAGGCCUCCUCUAUCUCCAUCGAGACUCUAGACUAAGGAUUAUCCACCGUGACCUGAAAGCUAGUAACAUUUUGUUGGACCAAGAAAUGAACCCGAAAAUAUCGGACUUUGGCAUGGCGAGAAUUUUCGGUACGAACGAAAACGAAGCGAGUACCAAUCGGGUGGUUGGCACAUAUGGUUACAUGUCUCCAGAGUAUGCGAUGGAAGGUUUAUUUUCGGUCAAAUCCGAUGUGUACAGCUUUGGGGUAUUAUUACUGGAGAUCAUUAGCGGCAAGAAAAACCUUGGCUUUCGCACGCCGGAACAAUCUAAUCUAAUCCGCCAUGCUUGGCAUCAUUGGAAUGAAGGGAAGGGGAUGGAACUUAUUGAUCCCUGUAUCAGGGGCGCAUGCUCUAUGGAUGAGGUAUUGCGAUGCAUACAAGUCGGACUGUUGUGUGUGCAGGACUCUGCCAUAGAUAGACCGGCCAUGCCCUCCGUUGUGCUACUAUUAGCAAGUGAAACAGUGGAUCUUCCCUUCCCGAAACUACCCAGGUCAACCUCGAUCACGGGCUCCAUACAUACUUCUUCUUUGUAUGAAAGCCAAGAAGUUGAGUCCUCAAACGGCAUAACAGUUAGCUCGGCGGAUGGUAGAUAGGGCCAAUGUGAUUCGUUUGUGUUGUUUCGUCUGUUUGUUCUUGUGAUCGUUACAAUUAAGAGAAGUGUCCUUAGAAGUGUGCGGAUGUAUUGUUGUCAAAAGGGCGCACGUGAAAUAGAAAAAUCACAACUUGAUUCCUUGGUCUUGUUAUGAAAGUGUCUUCAUUGCUUUUUAAACUGUAGUAUCGCGUUUGAUUGCAUUUAGGACUAGCAUUUCAGGUAAAAGUUGUUGCUGUGUGACCUCGGGUUUGAGUCGAGGAAAUAGUUUUCUUGCAAAAAUUGCAAGGUGGGGCUGCGUACAUUAGACCCGAAGUGGUCAGACAUGUCCCAUCUUCCCGCGCAUAGCGGAAGCUCCAUGCACCGGCUGCCCGUUUUAUUCCAGCUUUCUGCAGUUUGCUGUGCCUGAAGUGAGAAUUCAUCUUUUUGGGACGGUUCAAUUUU